AUGUUAGACGUAACAACACACGAAUUAGUCUAUGGAUAUCCAACUCCAUAUAAUGAAUCCUUAAACUGGUGUAUUCUUAAAUUACUCAAUCCGUCUUCAGAUGUUAGAAGUAGUCAACAAUUACUAAUGCCUAUGCUUAAUUUUUCUGGAUGUCUACUAUUCAAUGCAUGUUGGAGUGGAAUGGCAACAGAUUUAUCUCUUGUUAGGUGUACACCUGAAGAUCUGUCUAAGAAGUACAAAACAUUAGUUUGUUUAAUUUCAGUGAAUACCAAAGACAAUCUAAACCCGGUAUUAUUUUUGGUUUACGGUGAAAAAAAUCUUGAAGUAACCAAAUAUGUUUGUAUUUUGUAUAAUGUACAAGAACAACGUUAUGAUCCUUUGUAUAUAGUGAAAAAAGAAAGUCCAGAAGAAAAAGAAACAAUUUUUGAACUAAAUGAUGAAACAGCGAGAAAACUUAUUGAAGAUUUUAUUUUUAAUCAUUUUGGAUGCAAUAUAGAUUUACGAAUUAAAUAA